GAUGAGAUUUUUGUUUUGCUUCUGGUUUUGUGAGUUUAUGAAGAGGCAUUUAUUAAGUAUGGCAUUGCCAGUGGAAGUUAAUGUGAUGGAACUGAUCUGACUUGGGACAGGUCUCCGAAGCAGCCGAAGUGUCUUCUCCAGUAGCAAGGCCUGGGGUCAGCAUGGCAGCAGGGGUGGCAGCGUGGCUGCCCUUUGCCAGGGCAGCUGCCAUAGGAUGGAUGCCAGUGGCCAACUGUCCCAUGCCACUGGCUCCCACAGAGAAAAACAAGAGACAGGACGAGCUGAUCAUUCUCAAUGUGAGUGGCAGGCGUUUCCAGACCUGGAGGACUACACUUGAGAGAUACCCAGACACUCUGCUGGGCAGCACCGAGAAGGAGUUCUUCUUCAACGAAGACACUAAGGAGUACUUCUUUGACCGGGACCCUGAGGUCUUCAGAUGCAUCUUAAAUUUUUAUAGAACUGGCAAGCUGCACUAUCCCAGGUACGAGUGCAUCUCUGCCUACGAUGAAGAGCUUGCCUUCUAUGGGAUCCUCCCUGAAAUCAUCGGGGACUGCUGCUAUGAAGAGUACAAGGACAGAAAGCGGGAGAAUGCAGAGCGGCUGAUGGAUGACAAUGACUCAGAAAACAACCAAGAAGGGUCCAUGCCAUCCCUGAGCUUCCGGCAGACCAUGUGGCGAGCCUUCGAGAACCCCCACACCAGCACCUUAGCCUUAGUCUUUUACUACGUCACCGGUUUCUUUAUUGCUGUCUCUGUGAUCACUAAUGUCGUGGAAACUGUCCCUUGUGGCACGGUGCCUGGAAACAAGGAGCUUCCAUGUGGGGAGAGAUAUGCUGUGGCUUUCUUUUGCUUGGACACGGCUUGUGUGAUGAUUUUCACAGUAGAGUAUCUGUUGAGACUCUUUGCGGCCCCAAGUCGCUAUAGGUUCAUCAGAAGCGUGAUGAGCAUCAUCGACGUGGUGGCCAUCAUGCCAUACUACAUUGGCUUGGUGAUGACCAACAACGAGGAUGUCAGUGGAGCCUUUGUGACACUAAGGGUUUUUAGGGUUUUCAGGAUUUUCAAGUUCUCUCGCCAUUCCCAAGGCUUAAGAAUCUUGGGCUACACUUUGAAGAGCUGUGCCUCCGAGCUUGGCUUUCUCCUCUUUUCCCUAACUAUGGCAAUUAUCAUCUUUGCAACUGUGAUGUUUUAUGCAGAGAAGGGGUCCUCAGCAAGCAAAUUCACCAGUAUUCCUGCUUCCUUUUGGUACACUAUUGUAACCAUGACAACACUUGGUUAUGGUGACAUGGUACCCAAGACAAUUGCCGGGAAGAUAUUUGGCUCCAUUUGCUCCCUGAGUGGGGUGCUGGUCAUUGCUCUGCCCGUUCCAGUCAUUGUCUCCAACUUCAGCCGAAUUUACCACCAGAACCAGCGGGCCGACAAGCGGAGAGCACAGAAGAAAGCCCGGCUUGCGAGGAUUCGAGUGGCCAAAACGGGCAGCUCCAACGCCUACCUUCACAGCAAGCGCAACGGCCUCCUGAACGAAGCCCUCGAGCUGACGGGAUCCACCGAAGACGAACAACGUAUGACUAAAGGCACCUCCUUAAUUGAAAGCCAACAUCACCACCUGCUGCACUGCCUGGAAAAAACAACCGGAUUGUCCUAUCUUGUGGAUGAUCCCCUGUUAUCUGUACGAACUUCCACCAUCAAGAACCACGAGUUCAUUGAUGAGCAACUGUUUGAGCAGAACUGCAUGGAGAGCUCAAUGCAAAACUACCCGUCUUCUCGGAGCCCCUCCUUGUCGAGUCACCAUGGAUUGACCACCUCCUGCUGUUCUCGCCGUAACAAGAAGACCACUCACCUUCCCAACUCCAGUGUGCCAGCCACUCGCCUCCGUAGCAUGCAGGAGCUCAGCACCAUCCACAUCCAGUGCAGCGAGCAGCCCUCACUUACAACAAGUCGUUCCAGUCUCAACAUGAAAUCAGAUGAUGGGCUACGACCGAACUGCAAAGCUGCCCAGAUAACAACAGCCAUCAUCAGCAUCCCCACGCCGCCGGCGCUCACGCCAGAAGGUGAGAGCAGACCUCCACCCAGCAGCCCGGGCCACUCCACGAACAUUUCUACCACCACCACGAGCAACAUAGUCAAGGUCUCUGCCUUGUAA